AUGGCCGACACAAACCUGCAUUUUCGCACUGCGACUCAGGAUGACAUCCUGGACCUUAAGCAGCUGAUAGAAUCAGCCUUUCGUGCUGAAGACUGCAGAGAGGGAUGGGUCGGGAAUUCACAGCUCGCGGCGCAGUUUUCCAUCGAAGCAAAGAACAUUGCGAGCAUUAUCGACAACCCCGAAAGCCUGUUCCUCAUGGCCGGCGAUACAAGUGGCACACUGUUGGGAACUAUCGGGGUUUCCAAGCGUGGCCCUGACAGCGCUAGGCUUUUUAUGCUCGCUGUAGACCCUGACUGUCACCGGGGUGGACUUGGAAAACGAAUCCUUACCUACGCCGAAGGAUACUGCCAACGGGAAUGGGGUUCUAAAGUCCUGGGACUCGAUGCUCUUUCAAACCGAGAGAAUCUGAUAUCGUGGUACAUGCGACGCGGCUUCCGGAAGACAGGAGAGACCACACCGUUCCCUCGCGAGGAGUUCAAAGACCUGGAUUUGCCUGACGAUCUGCACUUUGUCGAAUUCCAGAAGGCCUCGACUUCUGCUUCCGAUGAUAGUCUUGUGACACAGCCAGCGUCCGGAGCGUAA